AAAAUUAGAACCGUCAUUCUCCACCCUCCUCAAAAGUGCUCAAAAGAAAACAAAUUUUUUUCAAAAUGAUUCGCUUUACAGACGUUUUUGUCUUAAUUCAAGCCUUCUUACCGGGUAAACAAACAUUUAUUUUGUAAAUACAAAAUUUAAAAAAGAGGUUAUAUUCCAAGAAUAUGGACCCUUUGGAAGUGGAUAUUUUUCAAAAAAUAUUGAGCAGUUGUAAUGGAGUUUGGAGCGAAAUUAACACGAAAGAUGAGUGGAAAAAUUUCAGAACAGAAAAUCGUUUUCCAACGAUUGAUAAUAAUUUAUUAAAUGCAUUAAUAACAUCUCUAGUUAAUCUGUUGAAUUACAAAGUUUCUCAUGCUCUUGAGCAACGAUAUGAAGUUCGAUUGUGUCUGAUUGAUAUAAUAAGGGCAUGGAGUAGAUUAGGAGGUUCUUUGAGUAAAACAUUCUUAAACGGAGAGAACGGAAUAACAUUUAUGGUUAUUAUUUUGGAGAAAUACUUAACAGACGAAUUCUUGACGUCCGUAAAUUCCGUUGAACAUUUAAUAAAUUUCCAUCGUGCCUUAAUUUAUCUACUGCCAAAAAAUCCAUCGCUAAUGAAAUUAUCACAUAAAAUAAUCCUUCGUCUCGCUGAAUUGGAAUUGACUGAAGAAAGUGAAAAAUUACUGGUUUCAAUUUUGGAAGCAAAGGAAAAUAUCCAAGUUGACGAUACUAUUUUAGAACAAAUAUAUUCUUCGCAAAGGAUUAAAUUUAUUGAAAUACCGUUGAAAAAUACGUUUGUAGGAAAUUAUUCCAAACUAUCGAAUUCUGAUGAUCACGAUUGUCAAUUAAAUCUAGAUAAUGAUUUGGAUGAACUCUACGAUAGAAUAGUGAGUUCAUCGUUGAUUUUUCAUCUGACUGUCAGUUUAUUGUACGAUUUAUUUCUAGUAAAUAAUUAUUCUCAAGAGAUUCUUAUUUUUAUAAAAAUAAUUCUUGAGUCUGUAAGUAAUCGUUGUAAGGCACGUGGAAAAGAUAUUCUCGAUCUUUAUCCAAUUAAUUUACAAUCGUGUGUUAUACUUUUGAGAAUUGAGCCAAGUCAACAUAGCAACGACUCGAAGAAUUACACUCUAAAUGAGCUUAAAAAUAUUUUUUUGACAAAUAAUCAAGAUGCUGUAAUACUAGUGUCUCAUUUUCCCCUUUGGUUAGAAGUAUUUGCAUCUUUUUUAAUUUCCAAUCAAUGUGAUUUAAAUUCGUAAGCAUAGUCUAAAGAAUGUUUUAUUAAUAUUGACUCUCAGGGAUUGUAAUUUAAUUGCAUAUUUAUGUAUAUAGUAGUAGGAAAAAAGAGAAUUUCUCAUCUUUACUAAAAGAAAAUAGGUAUAUUUAUCUCAAACUUUGUUUUUUAAAAAAUAUUUUGAAUUUAGUACCGUCAACAGGGGUAAUUAUGGAACAUCAGAGGUAAAUAUGGAACGCGUAAUUCUUUUUUAUGUAAAAUUUUUGUGAUAAAUUAUUUUAAUUUGGUUCUUGUUGUAAAUAAUAGUUUAAUAUAUUGCCUAAAAAGUUA